AUGCCGAAAAUCGCUUGUCCGACGACUCUCUCGACCCUCCCACCUGAGGUCCUUUGCGCAACUUUCCGAUUCGCCGUCGGUGGAUUCGCAAACUUUGCUGAAUUGAUGGCUCUCGCUUCCGUUUCCGAGCGGUUCCAUACAAUCAUCCAUAACGAUCCUAGGCUCUGGUCAUCCCUCCAAAUCUCUGCCGACGCAUGCUCCCUCUAUGACAUGAACGAGAUUAUCGAGGUUGUUGAAGAUACCAUGAAAGUGGACGGUGCUCUUCCUCUGAAGCUCUGUGUCGACAUCCAGGCGAAUUACCCGAUUGGCAUGCCAGCACUGACAAAGUUCCUCCUCGCUCGCGCUGAGCGCUGGGAAGAGCUUACGUUCCGGUUUGCUGAGGAUCAUUCUAGUGCUGGCUUCGGGCACGCCAGGGAGUUCUGGCUCAACUCUUUUCUCACUGAAGCGCUCGGGAAUAUCCAACAGGUCUCUUGCAGACCGUUCACCAACUUGAAGAAACUCGUGAUCGAUUGCAACUAUGGACUGCUUCAACCUCGUUCUUGGCCGCUUUCGACUGUCUUCCCCAACGUCGAGUCUCUAGCUGUCACCUUUGGCGCAACUGACAACAUCACACAGGUGAUCGAGUGGUGCACCCCGAGUUUGAAGCGUAUGAACUUGGAAGUGACUGGUGUUAUCUUGGAGGUCGAACCGAGAGCUACAUUUCUGCAGGAGCUAAUCUGUCGCGCUCCACAGCUCAAAUCGUUGGACUUGACUUUUAGGCUACCGAUGUGCUCUACUCGGGACGACGCUGGAGAGCCCUUCGCUAAACUCCCACCACAUCAAUCCCUGGAGAGCCUUACGAUAAACGGUGCUAUCGGGUUACUAUCUUACCUAUUGGGAAACUUGAAUUGCCCGUCGCUGGCCUCUCUGAGUUUGACUGACGAGACCUGCACGCAACAAAGCAAUUCUGUUGUCCUUGAUAUCCAGAGGAUGACCGACCGGUCCAGGUGCGCCAUCAAGAACCUUUCCUUCAAGGGGUGCAGACUUGAAAGCCAGAUGGUCGCCGACUUGCUGGUAGGCUUGCCUAGUCUCACUAACCUGCGGAUCGGUCUCGAAUGGAACCCUAACAGCGAUUCAGACGACCCAUGGUUUAUCUCUGAACUCGCCGAGAUAUCUGAUACGUCGGCGGAACCGGUCCUCCCUUCCUUGGAGUCUCUGGACGUCUGCGUUCAGUCUCCUCUGGGUUGUGAAGCUCCUCCAAGGAGGUGGCUCCGAGUUGAGGAUUUUUAUCACCUCGUGGAUGACUGUAGGAGGCUGAGCGGGGGUGCCUACGCACGCUUGGAGAAAGUUCUCUUGCGAUGCAAUGAGGGUGGCGGCUCUCCAUAUACAAUUUACAGUCGCAACGCAUAG